AUGUACCGCGCUGUUCACUCUUACUUAGCCAAAACUAAGAUCUCAAUCUCCGCUGCUAUCUCAUCAACAACAAGUACCGAAUCGACAUCACAAGAGCCAGCUGUGAACGGCAUUAUGUCUUCCUCAAGGCUUCCCGUCUACUUCCUCGGCAUAGGUGGUCCAAACUUCAUGGAAAACACCGCGCAUCCAGCGUAUGCUAAACUCGCCACCAUUGGACGUGAGAUCACGACGCAGGUGAAGCCGAAAGCAAUCGUGGUCUUUUCUGCUCACUGGCAAGAAGGUCCCAGCAGGAUCAAGAUCAACGCGGCCGAGCAGACCGAUAUCAUUUACGACUUCUACGGCUUCCCACCUCACUACUACGAAUACAAAUUCCCGAACAAAGGCAGUCCGGCAUUGGCUCAGAAGGUGGUUGACAGACUGGGAGCUGUUGGAAUCGAAGUUGAGAAGGUACAGAGAGGUCUCGAUCAUGGCGUCUGGGCGGGAUUUAUCGUCGCUUUUGAUCCGGAGAAGAACCCGUUGAAUGUUCCUAUCGUACAGGUCUCACUAUUCAGCAACGAGGACUCAGACCAACACUAUCGCAUGGGCCAGGCCCUCGCCGGCCUUCGUGAUGAAGGCGUCUUGAUAAUCGGCGCUGGUAUGGCGGUUCACAACCUUCACGACUUCAGAGCUACCCGCGGAACUGGGGCCACAAUGCCAUAUGCAUACUCCUUUGAUAAAGCCCUAAAGGAAGCUGCGUGCUCCAAGCCGGAUGAACGCCAGACGAAGAUGCUCGCACUUAUGGAACGGAGCGAUGCUCGCAAAGCUCAUCCGUCGGUUGAGCAUAUCCUCCCUUUCCAUGUUGCUGCUGGAGCGGCGGAUGGAGAUGCUGGUGAGAGGCUAUGGACGUUUCCAGAGGGGAGCUUAAGCUGGGCGCAGUAUCGGUUUGGGCAGCUCCCAGCUUAG